AUGACUUCAGAAGCAUCUAAACCAUCACAUCUCGAUCCAUCAGCUCUAGGCACAAAAGAAUAUUGGGAUAAUCUCUAUAAUCGUGAAAUAUCAAACCACGAACUCGAUGCGACGGAUGUAGGAACUAUAUGGUUUGAUGAUUCAUCUGCAGAAGAUAAAGUCGUAGAUUUCUUGAACGGAGAGAUUUUCGAGAAGGAUUUAUUAGGAUUGGGAAAAGGGAGGAGGAGGAACGAUUUUGGACUACUGGAUCUAGGGACAGGAAACGGCCAUUUUUUGGUUAGGCUGAGGGAGGGGGAGGAGGAUAGUGAUGAGGAUGAGGAUGAGGCGGAGGAAGAGGAAGAGACAGAGAAAGGGAGAGAAAGGGAGGCCCCGGGAGAAAAAUGGGUGGGAAGAAUGAUGGGUGUGGAUUAUUCGGAGAGAUCUAUUGAAUUUGCGAAACGAAUUGCGAAGGAUAAACUAGAGGAAGGGGAGGAAGAGGGAACCGAACAGGGAAACGAAAUCGAAUUCAUCACCUGGGAUAUAAUGAAAGAAGAUCCAUCUCCAAAAGUUCUUAAUGGAGAACAGGCAAAAGGAUGGGAUAUAGUGCUUGACAAAGGGACAUUCGAUGCUAUUAGUUUGUCAGAGGAGACAGAUGCGAAUGGGAAGAGGAUUUUCGAGGGAUAUAAGGAGAAAGUACUGGCAUUAGUGAGAACUGGCGGAGUGGCGGUUGUUACGAGUUGCAAUUGGACAGAGGAGGAACUGAUUGAGUGGUUUGUUGGAAAGGGAGAGGAGGAGCAGGGAGAAAGGUUUGAGGUACUGAGGAAGAUUGAGUAUAGAAGUUUUAGUUUUGGAGGAGUGAAGGGCCAGACGGUGUGUAGUGUUUGUUUUAGGAAAUGUGGAGGGAGCGAAUAG